GAGAAAUAUAAGGAUGCUGAACCGAGUGCAAUAGAUCUUUUCAAGGACAUGCAUUGCAGCAAGAAGAAAGGUUUUUCUGAAAAUGUAAAGAAAGCAAUUGUUGACAUGGAAGCAAUGGUGACAACACCAGUUGAGGAUGGACAACAGCAGAAGUCUCCUAUGGAAGUUGUUUCUGAAGUGCUAGGGGGCUCCAGUUUAUUUCUAAAGAAUGUUGGUCUGCAAGAUAACUCCAAGAAAAGCUCCACAACAACUGUUUCUGCAAUGGUUCAAGAACUUCAGAAUCAAUUGGAGUUUGAGAGGCUAGAAAAAGAUGGACUUCGGGAAGAAGUAGAAACCUUAAAGGCUCAGGCACAGGCCUCAAAGGAGACCAUGGACAAUAUGAAGAGAUCGAUGGAAGAAAAUAAUAGUCUCCUCCAUCAACUGUUGAGCUUCAAUCGAAGCCAAGUGCCCCCAUCUUAAGUCUGCUAUAGUAUCAUGUUAUAUUAGUUCUGGAUUCAGGUUUUAUAAAUUUGGAAUAUGUUUAAACUUUCAUACUUUGAGUUGAAGUUAUAGGAUUUCCUUUGU